AUGACGAAUAUGGCAGCAGGUAACCACUGCACAGUGACUGAGUUCUACUUGGCUGGACUCUCAGAGAAACCAGAACUCCAGAUGCCCUUCUUCCUCCUUUUCACUGGAAUCUAUGUGGUCACUGUAGCAGGGAAUCUAGGCAUGAUCACACUGAUUGUGCUCAGUUCCCACCUGCACAACCCCAUGUACUAUUUCCUCAGCAGUCUGUCCUUCAUUGACUUCUGUCAGUCCACUGUGGUUACUCCUAAAAUGCUUGUGAGCUUUUUGGCAGGGAAGAACCUUAUCUCCUACUGUUCGUGCAUGAUUCAGCUCUAUUUCUUUAUCAUUUUUGGCAUUGCAGAGUGUCACACACUAGGUGUAAUGGCAUAUGACCGCUAUGUAGCCAUCUGUAACCCCUUGCUUUACAAUGUAACCAUGUCCUAUCAAAUUAGUGGUGCCCUGAUUUCAGGAGUGUAUAUUUUUAGUGUGUUCAGUGCUUCAGUUCUUACAGGCUUUGCAUUAAAAACUCAGUUCCAUGAAUCAGGUGUGAUCAACCACUAUUUUUGUGAUCUUUCUCCCCUCUUGAAGCUUGCAUGCUCUAAUACCUAUAUCAGUGAAUUGUUGAUUCUAGUUUUUGGUACAGUGAACAUCUUUGUCCCUAUUCUCACAAUUAUUACAUCCUAUAUCUCCAUCAUUACCAGCAUCAUGCGUAUCCAUUCCACUGAGGGCAGGUCCAAAGCCUUCAGCACCUGUAGCUCCCACAUCUCUGCUGUCGCUGUCUUCUAUGUUUCUGCUGCAUUUGUGUACUUACAGCCAUCAUCAGUCAGCUCCAUGGACCAAGGGAAAGUGUCAUCCGUGUUUUAUACUACUGUUGUUCCCAUGCUGAACCCAUUGAUCUACAGUCUAAGGAAUAAGGAUGUCAGUGUUGCCUUGAAGAAAAUACUUCAAAGAAAAAAUUUUAUGUUUCAGAAAUAA